AUGAGGACUACUGUGAUGUGCUUGUUGCUAGCGUCGUGCACUUUGAGAACUUCGGCACUCAGAAUCGUGCAUGAGGUUUUCACCAAGGAGGGGCCAACUCACUGGAACGAGGAUUUGGCGCCCGAAUUGGAGAAAAUCAUGAAACGUGUACAAAGAGAGCUUUUCCCAAUUGUCAACGAAAUCAUCUACGAUGAUGCAAUCGACACGGAGUGCUUCCAGACCAUGGCGCGUAUCUUGAGAGGCCUCGGAGAGCAGAAAAUAUGGGCUCUGAAAUUUUUCGACGCCUCGGGGGGUCCGGUCCCGAAUAUCGCAGAGGGGCGCGUGGUAUCUUUCGGGAGCUACGACGAGUGUUUAACCAUUGAGAUCCCGAAUAAAGAAGACCCGUCAAUCGUCGAUGCCGGCGGCAAGUAUUGCACGCUAUCCAUGACUAUGCAGCGACAGCCCAUGGUACACAGACUGGCACCGAAAAUCGUCGAUCAGGUCCCACUGUUGAAGCAUUACGUUGGUAACAGCACCGAAUGGGUUCUGGAUCUGAUGGACAAGUCGCCCUUCGGAUUUCGCGUGGGAAUCUGUAUGCCUUCCACGUGUAAUUCAAGCAUAAUCCCGCACUUCGUGGAAAAACUUGGAGGGAGAUUUGGUCUCGGUGCCACUGUGCUAGGCUGUCGAGACUCAACAGAAACAACGACAUACCCGACCGGAACUUACAUACUCGGAGCGGUUUUGCUUCUCUUGAUCGGAAUCGUGAUCGUUGCCACCAUCGCGGACUUCCAAUCGACCAACCCCAAAGAACAAUCGAUACAUCUACUUCGAUGCUUCUCGGCCAAGUACUCCUAUUUGAAACUCACCAGCACGGAUCCGUCCGCCGAAACUCAGCACCUGGACUGUAUUCAUGGCAUCAAAGUUCUGAGCGCUCUGUGGAUUCUGCUCGGUCACAGUUUCGCCGGGGAUCCGGGACGCUAUGACCGGCCGCAAGAAAUCCUGAAUUUACUGCAGGGUCCCGCAUUCAGCUUGAUCAGUCAGGGCCUUCUCGCCGUCGAGACAUUCUUCUGCAUUACCGGUAUUCUCAUCUAUCGGACGGUGCUAAACGCAUGGAGAACGAACAAGUCCUCGACGGCUACGUUCGGCUUGGUGAUGAUUCUUCGGAGAGCCUUCAGGCUUAUUUUUCCGGCAAUCGGAUGCCUCGUCUUCUUGUACAUGGUACCUCUGAUGACGUCUGGACCCGGAAUGGAUUAUUUGUUCACGAAACACGUGAUCCCGCUAUGCAACAGUAAAUGGUGGACCGUACCGUUGUUCGCCACCAACUUCUUUGCGAUCGAUGAGAGCUGUCUCCCGCACCUAUGGUACAUGGCGGCGGAUAUGCAAAUCCUGUGUAUAAUGCUCUUCCCCGUCAUCCUCAUCGCUACAAAACCCAAGAGGGGACUUACAGUAGUGGCUCUGAUGGCACUCAGCGGAGUUAUCUACACCAUUCACCUCAUCUACGCAUACGACGCGGCCCCAGGCCUCGUCUUGUUGCCUCGGCAAUUCCUCAAGCUCGUCAACUAUAACCUGCACAUCCAUGUUCAAGCCUUCACCAACCUCUCAGGGGUUUGUGUUGGCAUCCUCGGGGGUUACCUGAUCGAACACCACCGGAACUUGAAGUUCCCCAAAUAUUUUUUCGUGUUCGGCUGGACAAUUACUACAAUCGUGGCCAAUGCUCUCCUGUUCGCGAUUUAUGUUUGGCAGAAAUCCGGAGUCAUCUCCACGACAGAAAGCAUGAUCUACGGAGGUCUCCACAGACCAGUUUGGGCCCUGUGCGUUGUGUGGGUAGUGUACGCGUGUGCGGCUGGAGGCGGCCAACCGAUUCGUUGGAUUCUGAACCGCUCGAACUUUGUCAUCCUAGGCCGACUGUCCUGCUGCUUUUACAUGGUCAGCCUUGUCCUCAUCAUGAUAAAGAAUUUUUCAGCGACACAUACCGUUCCCCUCACAUACACGCAGAACAUCCGGGAUACGGCAGCUGAUGCGGUUUACGGCUACGUCCUUUCAUUUAUCCUGUUCCUACUCUUCGAAGCGCCAGGAUACGCGCUCGAUAAAUAUAUAUUCGCCAAGAUCUCGCAUCCUGGGCCCUCUCGACCAGACGAGACGCUGAAAUCCGUUACAGCCGAUAAGAUCAUCCCGGAAAUCAAGCAUUGUGGACUGUGA